AUGGCGCGAUUUGGAGUAUCGAGUCUCUUUAUCUGUAUUCUGUGGAUACUUUUAAUACAAGUCGAACUUAUGCACAUUACUGGCAUUCACUCUUUAACAAAUCCUUGUCGUAGUUCACUAGGUUUGCAAUGGAUACGCGCACCUCAUUCUUGUCGGAGAUAUAUAAUCUGUGUUGGAGGACAGCCGAUAAGGAUGCCAUCCUGCCAAGAAACUCACGUAUGGUCUGUAAUGGGGCGAAAUUGUGUGCCCAAAUGGUCCAGAUGGGAUGACUGUACGCGGGCAAAGCCGAAGUCAACUCCCAUGACCAGACGAGCAGCACCUGAGAGAAACGUAACGCAACCUCUCGACUUGGAAGUACACGUACAAACAGAUAUUGAGAAAUCGAGAGAUGAAAUAUUUCCAGCUCAUACUACCCACUCCACAGCAGUACAUCCAUUGAAAACUACAGCAUUAUCUUUACCACGUGUACCAACCAGAAUCCGACCUCCAAAACGGACCCAACAAGACAUAGAGCGAGUAGAGAAUAUUAAACGUGCUUUUCCAAAUCAUCCCUGCUCUUUCCAAGGAACUGAGACUCUGAUAGCUCAUGCCGAGAAGUGUCAAAUAUAUUAUAAUUGCACACUUCCUACCAGUUUAGCUGAAUGGAGGUACACAGAACCACUGACCCAGGAAUGUGUUUAUCCGCAAGUUUUCUCCAUCACUGAGAGACAAUGUAUGGAUUAUGAUUUGGUGGAUUGUGGCUACAGAAAAGUUUUUAAGAACCCAUGUGAAUACAGAGAAAACACUUGUAGAACAGCCCAUUGCAGACCAUGUCACAUCCGGUACGGGAACUGCGAAGGAAAGAAAGAUGGGUUUCAUGCUUUUCCAGGAAAAGAAUGGACACCUGAAUACAUGGUGUGCAGGGAAGAGCGGAAUGUUCAACAACUUCGCUGUCGUGAUCCGCGGCCAAUUUUCUCACCGGAAAUGUUUCAAUGCGAACAUCUUAAGAAUGUUCCAAAACAUUUUGGAGGAUUGCGACCAGUGUGCGAUGGUCGCAUAGACGGGUAUUACCCUGAUGAAAGUGGAAGAUGCGAUAUAUAUUUUGAAUGCUCACAAUCCAAGUUCUUACAAUAUAAAAAGUGUGCAGGUGAUAAACUCUACAGUCCUGCUCAAGCACGCUGUACGUCUGAAGAUGUAGAACCUCCCUGUGGCAAUCUGACGAAUCGAAUAUGCGAAAACUUACCUGACGGCUAUUACGCGGAUCCUUAUGGACGAUGCCCUCUAUACAUGCACUGCAUUAACAAUCUGCUUUUGGGUUAUCUCAAAUGUCCAUUCGGCUCAUACAAUCCUUACACUGAGCGGUGCGAAACAUCAGCAUCAUCUCCUAAACCGUGUGGUAACCAACCUAAUCCUUGUCAGUAUAAAACAGAUGGUGUAUAUGCCGAUCUUGGUAAUAAUUGCGUUGCAUCAUUUACUUGCAGAAAGCGUUUCAUGAUCAAAAUUAGAAAAUGCAGAGCCGGGCAAGUUUAUAACGAAUUAACAGGACGAUGUGGUGAUGUAAACAACACACCAGUUCCCUGUGGACUUGCUCCAUCGUGUCAUGGGAAAAUUGACGGAAAUUACCCUUCUACUCUGAAAGGAUGUCAGUAUUUUUAUGUGUGUAAACGACAACGGUUUAUCAAAUAUGAAAAAUGUGGAUGGGAUAAGGGAGGUUUUUAUUUUAAUCCAGAAAGUAAGAAGUGUGACUUUCCAAUGAAUAUCUGUGGUGCUUGUGGAACCAAAUUAUCGACGAGGUGGUAG